GGCAGCGGGGGAGCGGUUUGGCGGGAACACAGGGCCGCUCGGAGGCCGGCGCCGCGAUGCUCCCCUCCUUGCAGGAAUCUCUGGAUGGGGAUGAAAAGGAGCUAGAGAGCAGCGAGGAGGGAGGCUCCGCGGAGGAGCGGAGACUCGAGCCGCCGCCCAGCAGCCACUACUGUCUCUACAGCUACCGCGGAAGCAGAUUGGCACAACAGCGAGGGGACAGUGAUGAUGGAAGCCCAAGCGGCACAAAUGCAGAAACGCCCUCUGGUGAUGAUUUCAGCCUCUCCUUGGUGGGUACUAAUCUGCCAUCGGAAGUGGAGCCAGACCUGCGUGGUUUCAUUGCUAAGCGUCUUGCUAAGGGAGCAGUAUUUGAAGGGCUGGGUAAUGUUGCAUCUGUGGAGCUGAGGAUUCCAGAAUCCCGGGUCGGUUGUUAUUACUGUCUUUUCCAACAAGAAAAACUGCUUCCUGAAGCAGCAACAGUGGACUCUGAACAUAACGCUUCGGAGUAUGUGGUCUGUUUUUUAGGAGGGUCUGAAAAAGGACUUGAGCUUUUCAGGCUUGAAUUGGACAAGUAUAUUCAAGGGCUGAAAAAUAACAUGAGCUGUGAGGAAAGGGGCCUGGAGAACCACAUAAAAUCCUACCUGAGCAGCUGGUUUGAGGAUGUUGUAUGCCCAAUCCAAAGGGUGGUUCUUCUCUUUCAGGAGAAGCUUACCUUUCUGCUACAUGCUGCUCUGAGUUAUACUCCUGUUGAAGUUAAAGAAUCAGAUGAAAAAACAAAGAGAGACAUUAACAGAACCUGUGUGUGUGGCAGGUUUCUGAGUGUGGCCAGUCUUCAAGGCCUUAUUCACGAAGGCACCAUGACGUCCUUGUGCAUGGCCAUGACUGAGGAGCCACAUAAAUCCGUGGUCAUCGAUUGCAGCGGCUCCCAGCCUCAGUUCUACAAUGCAGGAAGCAACCGGUUUUGUGAGGACUGGAUGCAGGCUUUUUUGAACGGCACUGAAGGAGGUAACCCUUUUCUUUUUCGACAAGUACUGGAGAACUUUAAAUUAAAGGCCAUACAAGACACAAAUAAUUUGAAGAGAUUUAUCCGACAGGCAGAAAUGAAUCAUUACGCUUUGUUUAAAUGUUACAUGUUCCUGAAGAACUGUGGUAGUGGAGAUAUCCUUUUGAAGAUUGUUAAAGUGGAACACGAAGAAAUGCCUGAAGCCAAAAACGUGGUGGCUGUCCUUGAAGAAUUUAUGAAAGAAGCUCUUGUCCAAAGUUUUUGAUCACAUGUUUUGAGAUCAUUGUGUUGUGAAGUUGUACAUAUCAGCCUUGGUGUUUGAAACUGCGGUUGUUGUAAUUGUCAUAGGAUUGCUACUGAAGAUUAUUUCAGACACAUUCUAGAUUUCUUCAUUUCGUACUUUUAAAAUUUAACUUACUUAGACCUAAAAAUCCGAGGACCAUUUUCACUGAGUCUUAGAUGUGUGUUAGAGUCGUGGAAUUUUAGGACGCUGCUGGCCCCAUAAAUUCUAGGCCUCGGGGGGUUGAUGCUCAAAAAUCUUGAAAGGUCAUUUUGUGGCUUCUCUGAGGAGUUGGCUGCAGUAUUUAGCAAUUUUUCCUCCCAGAAAAAUUGUGAUACUCCUUUCUCAAUAUACUAUAGCUUCUUUAAAAAAAAAAAAGUCCUCCUAGUCUCAGGACAGAUUAGCGCUGCGACACCAUUUCAGAGACAGAUCUGUGCAUCCUGUGGGUGCUUGGAUAGAUUUUUUUUUGUCUGAUUAUGGCAUGGAUGACAAAGUUAAGUCAGUACACAAAUCAUGACUGUUUAAGAAAUUAAAUGAGCUUUAAAAAUAGAUACACUAGCUUCAAGACAAAACAUCAUCUCUGACAGAAAGCUACUGCAGAAGUGGCCGCCAGCCCCUUUCUUCAUUCAUUUGUUCACAGGUACCUGCCAAGAGCCUGUAUUUUCUUUUCUGUUUUUCUGUUGAAAAUGCUGGAGUUUUCCAACAGUGUUAAAAAAGAAGCAAAGUACACAAAUUCUACAAGCAAACUGUAACAUAAAGAAUGCAAACAGAUUCUUCAUAUCAGAGUUACUUAUUGAUUUUAGUUUUUUGUAUAUUUGUUAUAAGCCUCAUAUUGUUUUACUCCGAAUCAGUUGAAAAUGGAGCCAUUUAUAAUUCCCAUGGAAGCCAAUUGUAGCUACACACAUGACGGCAGUUUGUUCUGCAACGCUCUUUAAUAAAUCCAUUUAAUAAUGA